CGGCCUUAUUUACGCCUGCAGUUUCUAUGGCGCUGCAGCUGGGCGACCUUUCCGGUUGAAGAGAAAAGAAUCAUGCCGCAGUGGCCGCUGCUCCGAGCGCUCCGAGGCGGUCAUGGGACUCGCUCGCUGUCGCUAACCGCGCGUCGACUGCACCACUUGCCCUGGGGCUUAGCCAAAAUGCAGGCGCUGGAAUGCCUGAAUUUGCGGGACAACAGGUUGUGUCGGCUGCGCCCGGAUAUGGAGGCUCUGAGCCGGUUGAAGGUACUAAAUCUGGGAAACAACAUUUUUGAGGAUGUUCCAGAGGAGCUGACAUGUCUCAAAUCUCUACAGAAGCUUCAUUUGUUUGGAAACAAGAUAACCAGAAUGUCACCCUUAGUAUGUGGUGGAUUGCAGAAUUUAGUACUUCUAAAUCUGAACAACAACCAACUUAGCUAUCUUCCUCCAGAGAUACACAGGCUUGAAAAUCUUGAGUGCUUGAGUUUAAACAAUAACCAACUGCAAAGUAUCCCUAGAGAGCUGUGCUUUCUCCAAAAGCUGCAUGAGCUCCAUUUGACCCACAAUUCUCUCAAGGCACUCCCUGAAGAGAUUGGACACCUGACAAAACUCAAGAUCUUGAGCUUGUCAAGAAAUCAAAUAGAAGAGCUCCCUGAAGGUCUUUGCAAAAUGGGGAGCCUUCGAGUUCUAGAUGUAGCAGGAAACAGCAUUCAGAUUUUCCCAACUGCAAUGCAGGAUCUUAAGCUGGUGGAACUUUACUGUGAAGGUAAUCCACUGAUUCAGAAACGUCCAGUUAGUGCCAUACAAGAAGAGGACAUUUUAAUGCUUAAGGAAAUAACAGCAAGAUUUAUUCUUGCUCAACUGAAAAGCAACAACCUUUUUUUACACAGAGCAAUCAAGCAGAACACAGAGGCAGAAAAAAUUCUUUCUCAGCAACAAGAAUGUGCUCAAUGUGGAUAUGGUUUUCUGAAUAUGUGGCUAGAAUGCGUGCAGUUUGUAAAUGUAAAGCAGCGAAUGAAGACCAGCAGAAACUUGCACCUCUUACCUGUCAGGAUACUGCUGUGCUCUUACAAAUGCUUUAACCACCAUGAUGAUGGACUCUAUGGAAUUGCCGUGCCUUAGAGCAAGCAGCAAAUGCACACAAGGCCUCAAUCAUCAAAACCAUUGAGGCAUUUUUAAGAACUGAAUUUAAGCCUGUAUCAAUAUUACUUUGAAAUACACAGUUAAGUUGAAGUAAUGGUUGCAGAGAAGUGAUCUAGUGGGCAGAAAUUGUUCUCUACAGCUGUGCAAGGCUGGCAAUGUGUUUUGGCAGACUUGAUUGUAUUUCUGAAAAUGGAUGACUCAAGCUAAUGACAUUGCUUAGCAAUGAGGUAAAGUUUUAUAAUGUAAACUCUAACUAACCUGUGUUACUGUGGUUGCUUUGGCUUCCCUGUUAAGAUCUAUCUUGCCUAGCAUGAAAUUCUGAUGACAUACACCCCCUUCCCCAAAUCUAAGGUCAGGCCUUAAAAUGGCAACAGAAUACUUUAACAUGUGUCUGGCGAUUACAUAGUCCUUGAUUUCCAUUAUAAAUCCUGCGUUCUAGAAGUUUAUAACUUGGCUUUAGCAAUUGGCAUGCAGAAUUUUCAACUCAGGAGAAAAUGUGUUGGAGUGUUUUAUAAAAGAAAAAAAAGGUGACAUAUUUUAAGAAGGGUUUCUUUGCUCCAAGAGCUCUGAUUAUAAACAGGCUGUGUGACAUGAAAACAUUGAGGG